AUGGCAAUCCUGAGUAAUGGUCUUAAGGCUAGGCGUGAUAAACUGGAUUUACUCGACGAGCUCAUGAUAUUCGGUCAGUAUGUGAAAGAGCUGGAACAAUUAUUGUCUGGUCGCCAAUACGUGGAUAACGUGUUGUAUGAAUACGUGAAUAGUAUUCAACAAUUCAUACCAAACAUCGCAACCAAUGCUAUACUCCAUACGAAACAAGAGCUCAAUAAUAGACACUGUUAUCGACAACUGGUCGACACUUUCCACCAAAACUGCUUUAAUUUGAAUCAAAAUACCUAUACCUUAAUAUACUUGUACAAGUAA